AUGGCUGCUCGUUUCCUUAAAGCUGUCAUUACAAUGACGCUGCUUGCCACCUCCAUAACUGCAGCUCCCGCGCCAGAAUCUGGCAAUCAGGCCACCACGUCUGUUAGUCUCAACUUUGACUUUAAUCACCUCCUUGGACCGGCCGAGUUAGAUGCGGCCCUCUCCAGAUACGACCCAAAAGAUGUAGGAUUUUCACGAACUUCUUUCAACACCACAAAGGCAAGCGUUCUCUCUGCUAGAACCCCGCAAGGCUUCUGCGGUGAUUCCAGCUUUGGCUGCGCUACCAGCGGUGGUUCUCCCCUAAUUCUUGACUGCUUUUAUAUGUAUAACGUCUUGAUGUCAAGAGAUGAAGAGUGGGAUCUCUAUUCCGCUUCCGGUUCUCGCACCAUCGCCUGGGUUGGGACAUGUUGCUUCGAGGCCACUAACCACUUCGAUUUGGCUACUGCCUAUAUUGGUGGCUUGGAUAUCGCUGACCUCACACGGGAUUCUAUCAACAAGUGCAGGUCUGGUGACUAUAUCGGUGCUUCAGGAGAGAUGCUUUGUCCAGCUCGAAUUGUUCCUGAGAAUUGCAUUACUACUUGGAGUAUCUAUCACUGCUAA